GUGGCAAAGGGGAGCAGAGGGGAGCCAAGCUGCGCUUCGUCGCUGCUCCUCGGGACGCAUGAAGACGCAGCGGCGGCCUCCGCUCGACCACAUCUCCGGCAUGCGUGCGCUACUUUCCGGCUGGAUCGUUCUUGGCCACUACUGCUCCUUCCCGCCGCAGGAGGGCGUCUUCACGCUGCUGCUCGGCCGCGGGUACGUCGCAGUGCAAGGUUUUAUCAUCCUCUCUGGCUUCAUCACGCACUACGCCUACCACGACGCUCGCUACGACGCGUGGCCGGCCGUGCUGCGCUUCUACGCAAAGCGGUUCGGCGCGAUCCUCGGCUCGUACUACCUCUUCUAUGCUCUCACGGCGGCGUGGCGCGUUUGCUUCGACUGGGACGGGGUGGUGGCGCACGCCGACUCGAUGCUGCUGAGCCUGGUCCUCUGCCAGGCCUGGCUGACGGGCGUCCCCGGCCGGGUCAGCGUGCCAGGCGUCGACGGCAACUACCCGCGCUCCUCGUAAUCUCGGCCGCUCUCGGCUAAUCUCGGCAAAAUCUCGCGCCAGGCGGGGACGACAACUACCCGAACGUGCCCGCGUGGACGCUGAGCACGCUCGCCUUCUCCUGGCUCCUCUUCCCGCUCCUCCAGUCGUGGCUGCGCGCCGCGAGUGGCGCGACCCGACUCGGCUGGCUUCCGCCGCUGCUGCUCUGCUUGCUGCUCGUCCUCGCGCCCGUGCCGCUGCGACUGCUCUUGCACGGGGGAAUGGGCUGGGCGACGUACGGCUGCGCGUACCACUGGCCGCCCUUUCGAGUGCCCGACUUUGCCUUCGGCAUGUGCGUCGCCGAGGCGCUCGUGCGCACGCGGUGGGGCGAGGCGCUGGGCCGGCGGGCGCCGCGGCUCUUCGGCCGUCUCGCCGACGCCAUCGUGCCGCUCUUCCUCCUCCUGGUCGGUGUCGCGCACUGGCCGGGCGAGGACGGCGCGGCGGCCCUAGAUGCAGCGUCCCUCCCCCUAUCUCGAGGCCGACGCGGACUCUCUCCCCCCACGUCUAUGAGGUGUGUCACACUGACGGACGGACUGCCGUGCCGUGUGUUGCGCCCGCAGGCUCGUGGCCAAACCGCGCGUGGAGCCGUCUCAACUUCGAGCCGAUCUGGCUGACCGCCGCGGCGCCGCCCUCUUCGGCCUCCCCCUCGAGGUGUGAACAGCGUCUCUUCACACCUCAAGCUGUGAGCAGGCGCCGCUCUUCGGCCUCUUCCUCUUCGCCUCGUCGUGCGGCG